AUGGCGGAAUUGUGUCUACCUCUGAGUGCAGGUGAGGACACGUUCAAGCUACAUUCGGUGCAGCUGGAGCUGGAGGCCGUGGAGAAGCAGAUCCGCGACCUGGUGGAGAAGCAGGCCCAGCUGAGAGAGCGGAGAGCCGCGCUGGAAACAUCCCGGGCUGAUGCUCACAAGUCCGGGGUAAGUAUACUGCGCGCUUCUAACACUCCCACCACCUCUACUCCGUGUGUUUCUCUGCACAGGCCCUGUGCACCCAGGACGCGAUCUUCCCAGGUGUCCUUCACUCCGGCGCCGGGACACCACGGACCUUGGGUGCACCAGCAGCGGAAGACGCGAGCCAGGCCCUGGGUGAUGACCUCUCCCCCUCCGCCGCCUCCGGUCUUCGAGAUCUCCACCCGGAACCGCUUCGCUCCCCUCCGCGAGACGGAACGCGACGCUGUGAUCGUCGGAGACUCCAUCGUCCGGCACGUCCGUGCUACGUUAGCUGAAGGUAAAGUGCACACUCACUGUUUCCCUGGUGCUCGUGUUCUCGAUGUUUCUGCGCAGAUACCCGUGAUCCUGAAGGGCGACGAGAGCGUCGGCGCUGUCGUGCUGCACGCGGGGGUUAACGACACCAAGCUGCGGCAGACGGAGACACUGAAGAGGGACUUCAGGAGCCUGAUCGAGACGGCUUUUCCGUGCUGAUGGCCU